AUGAAGAAUAAUCAACCAAGAUUUCGAAGUAAGGUCGUCAAGAAGACGAUCGUCCCUGUGCCCAAUCAGCAGACUGAUUACAACUCUGAUGACAAUAUGGAUACAGAUACGGAAUCCGACGAGCAGAACAUGACCUUCGCAGCCAUGAGCAUUAAAGAUUGUGAGUAUCAAUACAUGAAUGAACCACCUCGCAAUUUACUAAACAAAAACUCUAUUAUUUUGCCAAUUACUUUAGAGGGCAACGACAUCAAGUUAGCCAAAAUAUUAGAAGUGAAAAUAAAUAAAGACAUUAAAGGCAUCAUUAAAGCUUGUAAAAAGGACACUGUUAUUGAUAGAAUUGGUUCUACAGAAGAAGACAUUAAGAUUACAUAUAAUUCUCGCCAAUGUUACUCUAAAUUUGAGAUUUUUGAUAUCUUUAGUAACAUUGAUGUGGUAAUUGGUAUGGAUUUGAUCAUGCAAAUUGGCAUUACAAUCUCCAACAUGGCGAUGGAUUGGGAUGAUGAUAAUAACCCUGAGAUUCCUACAAUUUAUCCAGAUCCCUACACUCCUAAUGAUUCUCCUUAUGGUACAGAGGCAGAGAGAGCUCAGUUCAUGAAAGAAAUUGAACCGUACAUUGAGGCCAACAAAAACAUUGAUCCUAAGGCAUAUUGCAAUAUAUCAGGUAGUACCCUAGAGUUGCAUAAAUUGAAAGAUCAUGAAAACAAAAUGUAUAAACCUCAAUGGCCCCUGGAAGAAAAGUUUUCACCAACUAUUGAGGAACAAAUGGCUACAUGGAUUAGGAAUGGUGUCAUUCAACCAGCACCACCUGGAACGCCAUACAACUCACCUAUAUUCUGUGUACGUAAAAAGACUGGCACUGGUGAGUAUGCUCCUGGUGUUUAUAGAGUAGUUGUGGAUUGCAGAGCUGUCAAUGCUGCAUUAGAUCCAGACAAAUCCGAUCGAUUCCCACUACCUUUGAUUAGCACAUUACAUAGAAAGAUCUCAUUUGUGCAAGGGUAUCUGACUAAUUUGUUCUCUGAUCUAAGCUCUGUCACCACCAAUUUUAUAGACGAUAUCACGGUGCACACGGUGUACACAGAAGCAGACAUGGGAACACAUUUAAAAUACGUCAAAAUAGUUAUUGAUUGGUUAAAAAAGGCUAAUCUCAAGAUAAAUCACGCAAAGACUCAUUUUGCUCAGCGUAGCAUUAAUAUAUUGGGCUUUUGCCUAUCCGAGAAAAGGUUGGCCUUUGAUUCUCGUAAAGUAAGCAAUAUUUUAGAUCGGGAUCCAAAGGUCGCUAACAGUAAAGAACUUCAAUCUCGGUUAGGAUUGGUAAAUUACUCUAGUAGCAAUCUACCUCGUUUGUCUACUUUAACCGCACCAUUGGAUGCCAUUAAAAAUACUCCAGAUAUUGACAAGGUAUGGACAGAGGAUCAUACAACUGCCAUGACCAACAUUCAACAAUUGCCUGUUAGAAGCCCUAUCAUUCCAGCACCUAAUUUAGCCUAUCCAUUUUGCCUUGUCACUAAUGCUAGUUCAUAUGGCAUUGGUGCCUGUUUAUAUCAAGUUAUCAAAAAGCGUAUUUACUAUAAUGGCUUCAUCGCCCGUAAACUAUCUGCCAGUGAGCAACGCUAUGGGUCAUCCAAGCGUGAGCUUUUGGCAGUGGUUUAUGCUUUCAAUAAGUUUCGCCAAUGGUUACGGGGUGAAAAGUUUCAUUUAUUCUUGGAUAAUCGUGGUCUAUUGUACCUACAUUCUCAAGAGAAACUUACUCGUAUGAUUGAGAGCUUUUAUGAUACAAUUUUUGAAUUUCACUUUGAUAUCACAUACUGUAUGGGUAUGGACAAUAUUCUAGCAGAUCGACUUUCUCGCAUCUUUGUACCUGGUACAAAGAAGCUGGAGGGGUGUGGUUCUCUCGCUAGAAGAGCUACUGUUAUUAAACGGAUAUUAGAUCCAAUCGAGCCUACAAAUGAUAAAGACCUUCAUGAAGCUAAGAAGCAAAAGAAGGGUAUCAAAGCAAAUGACAUUAUUUUACAGCCUUUCAAUCCGAGUACUCAGGGUACCAAAAUCAAUGAUACUGAGAAUAAUGCUAAUAAGGAAAGUACAAACAGUAACACAAUAAGCAGUGCACUCACAGAAACUGCAAAUUCUGACAGCAAGGACAAUAAAGAAUUGUGCAUUUAUGCAUCACAUUUGGACAUUUAUGAAGUACCUAAAAGUGAAGAACAAAAGCAAGAACUAUUAGAAAAAUCUCACCUUUUAGGACACUAUGGAAUCACUGCUAUGGAGCAGGUUAUACAUGAAGAUUACCAAAUGCAUUGGAAAGGGCUCAGAAAAGAUAUUGAACGAUAUGUCAAGAACUGUAGCAAAUGCAGGGUAUUUAACAUAGGAAGACAUGUAUAUCAUCCACCUAAGAAUCAUACUGCGGAUUCUGUUGGAGAUCAUUGGGUUUUUGACGUAGGCACAUUUGAUGUUACUACUCCUAGAGGUAACAACUUUAUCUUGGUUGCAAUGGAUCUAUUCUCAAGAUUCAUUGUAUUACGGGCGUUUCCAAACAAAACUGCAACAACAGUUGCUAAAGAAAUUGUCUCUAUUUUUAGUCUUUUUGGUUACCCAAAAAUCCUUUCUCAUGAUAAAGGUAAGGAGUUCAGUUCUCAAUUACUAGAGAGCAUUGCUGCCAAUGCAAAGAUAGAGCAAAGGCUUUCACUUCCAUGGUGCCUGUUAGGCAACAGCGCUUGUGAAGCCGCGGUCAAGAGCCCAAAGACCAUCGUCAUUAACAUGCUGGAUGGAUGUGCCAAAAAUUGGGAUUUGUAUCUUGAUGGCACAGACUAUAGCUUAAAUUUACAUAAAUCAAGGCUACACGGCAUGAAACCAUUUGUUGUCAUGUUUGCCAGGCUUCCUAAUGAAUUAAAAGACUAUUCUGAUGUUGAAAUGAGUCUUCCAGAACAAACAUUAAAUGCCAAGGCCUUGAAAGACAAGAUCAAGAGAAUUGACAAAAUUCUUGUACCUGCAAUCAAGGAGCAGAUUGUCGAAUCACAGAAAGCUGACAAUGCUUAUUUUAUGAAGCGACACAAAAUUCUAAAGAACCCAUUCCCCAUAGGAGCUUCUGUCAUGAUUAAGAAUGUAGAAAGUAAGAACAGUAAAACUGACCCUAAAUACGAGGGCGUGUUCUAUAUUCAUGGUUAUACAAAGAAUGGCAGUUACAUUCUAAAAGAUGAAACCGAUACAUUCUUAUCAAGAGAUGUUCCUACAUCUCACAUUAAAUUGAUGAACGAAAAUUCACCUCCUCCAGAACCCGCUGAUAAACGUUAUGAAGUUGAGGCUAUCCUCAAACAUAAGGGUAAAGCGCCUAACUAUCAAUAUCUCGUUACUUGGAAGGAUUACGAUUGUAGUUAUGAUUCAUGGGAAACUCCAGAGUUGUUUGAUUCAAGACAACCUAUCAAACAGUACUGGGUGAGAGUAGGAGCACCUGAAAAGAGCUCUGGUAAAAGGCAAAGAGUACCUAAAUCAAUCAACAAAAGAUCGGUUGCAACGCGUGAAGAGAGAUCUACAAAGAGACAUGCGCGGUUGAUUGAGAACAGACAACCAUCAUCUUUAUAG